GAUGGGAGGUGGUGGUGCUGCAGACUGCUGCAAAGAGAACGAGGCCCCUCCCUUGUUUCAGAGAGAGCCUCUCUCCAAGAGUGAGAGCAAGUGAGGAGGAGGAUGAGUGGAGGAGAGAAGCAGGGGAUCAGCUUGUCAGUCAGUCAGUGUGGAGCUAGAAGAGGACGCUGGACAUUCAUCUCCCCAGAUGCUCUAAUUGACAUAGGGCCCACUCAAUCAAUGCCAGAUCAGCGACAACCCACGCUUCUCUCAACAGCAGCAACUCAGAGGGAACACGUAGAAUGGAGGAGGACACAAUGAAAUUAGUUGAAUCCAUAGGACCAAUUGAAGAAAAACCUCUUAAACCAUUUCCAUUCUGAGGCAAGGCAAAGGGAGAUCUGAGGACUUUUAAAAUGUUUUCCUUUCCCGGUAUCCAGCCACGGGAGCAUGUGGACAUGAUUUACAUCUCCAUGGAGACAGCCAUCGCCCUGGCCUCUGUGCUGGGAAACGUGCUGGUGGUGCUGGUGGUUUGUGUUAACCGCGCCCUGAGAGACACCACGUUCUGCUUCAUCGUGUCUCUAGCGGUGGCCGACAUCGCUGUGGGAGCCCUGGUCAUUCCCCUGGCUAUAGUGAUUAGUCUGGGGCUGAAGACUCAAUUCUACACCUGCCUCUUCCUCGCCUGUCUGCUCCUCAUCAUCACCCAGGGUUCCAUCCUUUCUCUAAUGGCCAUCGCCAUUGACCGCUACCUCCGGGUCAAGAUUCCCAUCAAGUACAGCAUCAUCGUGACCCAGAACAGGGCAUGGGUGGCAGUGUUCCUGUGCUGGCUCCUCUCUGCCCUGACCGGGCUGGUGCCAAUGUUGGGCUGGCACAACGAGCACACACACGGUAACCUCAGCACCACCAGUGAUGACAUAAUAGUUUGCACAUUUACCACGGUCAUGCGCAUGGACUACAUGGUCUACUUCAACUUCUUCGGCUGGGUGGUGGUUCCUCUGACCAUCAUGAUCGCGCUGUACGCUGAGAUCUUCAGGGUGAUCCGGAAGCAGCUCAACAUGCGUGCAGAGGCCACUUGCGACACCAGCAAGUACUUGCACAAGGAGCUAAAAUUAGCCAAGUCCCUGGCGCUCGUCGUCUUGCUAUUCGCUCUAUGCUGGUUGCCCCUGCAUGUCAUGAACUGCAUCCUCUUCUUCUGCCCGGAGUGUGGGAUGCCCAAGAGCGCCAUGUACAUGGGCAUCUUUAUGUCCCAUGUCAACUCUGCCCUCAAUCCGCUGGUCUAUGCCUUCCGGAUACAGCGGUUCCGCGCCACGCUAGUCCAGAUCGCCCGCCGCUGCAUGCUGUGUAAACACAAGGAGACCAGCCCCUGCCCCAACCAGCCCAGCCCGCCACCCCUGUCUGAUAAAUCUCCAGUCCACCCUUAGCCAGGACCUUCAUUGUUUCUAUGCUUUUCCUGCGGAAUAGUUGCGUUAAAGAAGUAGCCAUAGUGCAAUGAGGAGGAAACUUGUGUUACGCAACCGUUGUGAGAGACAUCUGGGAUGAAGGAAACAGUACGUGGACGCCCCCAAUUACUGGAAUGAACUCCAACAAAGAGCACUUCACUGAAUUAUGGAAACGAAAUGAAUUUACAAUUGAUAUAGGCCCCACCUGGGAAAGACAAUCCAGGAAAAAGGAAGACUUUAAAUAAGAAUUAGCCCAGCCCAUAUCUGUAAUUUCACUCACUGAUGCCAGCUGCAAUGCAUAUUGAAUAAUUUGCUGUAUAUCGAGAUCCUUGUCAAAUUGGCCUGUAACACACUCAUCCUCUUUCAGCUUUAGUGCCAAGCUAGUGGCAUGUGUAUGGGUGGGGUGCUGUUAUCUUGCCAACUGUUUUGGCAAAUGGCGUUGGAACAAAAAGAACAAUUUACAAGAGUUGGUUCAGUACUACUGUAAAAUCCCAUGCUUUCCCAGGAAGAUGACUCAAUAUGCCUAUAUCUGUUUUACAGUCAAGCUAUUGUCCAUCACGGUCCACAAAGGAAAUGUAAAUCAAGACAAUUCUCUGUAAACCAAGCUCCACAGAUUAUUCUAAAGAAGAACGCUGUUUUCAGGUGAACAGGUUCAACAAUGCUUUGUUUGAGAAGAAUGAUCUGUAGUAUUUUCUCCUGAGCUUGGUUGUGCCAUAAUUUUUAUAACACUGACAGGGUGUUGGAAAAGGCUCCAGGCAUCUGAGUGAGCCCGAUUUAAAUCUAGAGUGAAUUAAUUACAUGCAGUACAUUAUGGCUGUGUGAUUUAUACAACCCUGGAAAACCUUCAUGCAAGCCUUUGUCAGUUCUGCUUCCUCAUCAACUUGACCCUCACAAGGCACUUCUGUAUAACUGAUACACAUAGGGGUAGGUGGUUGGAAAGAGAGUAUGGGGAUAUUGCAUUUGCAUUCAAAGUUAAUAAAUAAUCACAUCCUACUAAUUACACACUAGCUAAAUUGCUUGACAAUCUGCAUCAUCAGCAUUGUUUUAUAUGGCUAUCGGAGUACGGGAUUUUUUGAGAUUCUGAUAUUACCUCCAAAUGUUUCCUAAAUGUAGAGAUACUGAAAGCAUGCACUGUCCUUGUUUAUGAUGUACUUCGACAUCAUCUUUAUCACAAAGUACAAAUACAUCUCUGACUGAGGAGCACGCAAAAUGUGGGUUCAACAAUGGGCAACCCACCACUUGGCAAAGCACGCCGCAGAAACCAAUCAAUCCUGAGCCCAAAGGGGGUUAACACCUGACCCCAGAGAGUGAAGCGGUGGACUCAAAUAAAGAGAGGGCUCAGAUCCUGCAUGGAUCUGUUAGAAAUAGCUGUUAGAAAUGGACAGUCCACACAGACAAAUUACUUCAUGACAGGACAUGGGAGAGGUGACAUUGAGGCAAGGGCUUGUGCAAUUUGCUCCUGUCACUCAUGUUGUCGGUGAAAGAGGAGACUGACCUGAUUGACAAAAGCCAAUUUUCCAUGUUUAGUUCACACACACACACACACACACACACACACACACACACACACACACACACACACACACACACACACAAAAUACAAGUAUUCAGAAGGGACACUCUAGCAGUAUUGAUGCUGUAAAAUUAUAAUCACCAGACACUUUGCAUUACUCUUUAGUUUUGUGAAUGUUGAAAUCUUGAAAUCCCGAGAGGAUUUAGGGUGAUGUGAUUCAUAGAAUCCCCCAAUGGAGGACGUCUUAAAGAACUGUCGCAGGAAGACCAACCAGGAGAAGAGUACCUACUGCAUGGACCGUUGCUUUCUUGUCUUUGUCAUCUUCUUCCUCUUUGUGCUGUUUGGGAACGUGGUGGGAGUCAAACGAGCAUAAGCUUAAGCCGUUUAUGAUCGACUUUGCCACAUACCUGUUCGCCCAGGAUGAAGGGGAAGAGAUGAUUGAACUGUAUGCCUAUUGGACAGUAUAACAUCCUCAUGAUUACCUGAGGAUCACCACACCAGACGUUGUGAUUUGUCAGUAGGCCACUUUGCUUUGACAGAAAUAUUUGAAAUGUGAUUAAUUGUUGUCUGUUUGGAAAUCCUGUUUUUGUUUGUAACUGACGUGUGCAUGGAAAUCCAUUAGAUGUACUCUGAAUAAUCAUCUAAACUCCAAUAUGGUCAAUUACUCAAUAAACUAAACUGUGUAAUUAAAGUGUGCUCGCUGAAAGCCAAACACAACUUUAGAAAUAGUUCAUAAUUCUUCUCCCUCUGCCACCUCUAGCGGCAAAACCAUAAAAGCUACCAACACAACUGUAAAGGUGAAUUGCCACUUAGAACCAACUUCUCUGGUUUUAAACAGCUUAUGUCGCAUAGAUAUGAGUCAGAAACAUUAAUUGUAGUGUCAAAAUUGACUACCAACUCUAAAUUGGAUCAUUUU